CGAAUGUGAUUGGUUCUUACUUUUAGAACCAACGAAUCAACGUCAAGUGUUGACAAGACGAUAACUGAGCGCUUUCUCUGCUGAACGCGGCCAAUUAACACAUCUAAGGAAUCAGCUGUCUAAUAGUAAUACAUAUGGCAGCAACUGUCAAGAAUCGUAGUAUGUUGAAUGAUGUACCGAAAAGAUUAUCAAGAAGUUCUGAAAGUACAGAGGCCGAUGUACGCGAAGAUGAGGAACAAACCACUAAAUUUCAAGAGAUUAUUGACUUACUCAUUGCAGCAGGUUAUUUUAGAGCACGGAUAAAAGGUUUAUCAAAUUUUGAUAAGGUUAUCGGUGGAAUGACUUGGUGUAUCAAAUCAUGCAACUUUGAUGUAGAUGUGGAUUUACUUUUCCAAGAGAAUCUUACCAUCGGUCAAAAAAUUUCCUUAACAGAGAAAAUUGUAGCCAUGCUUCCUAAAAUGAACUGUCCAUACCGAAUAGAGCCACAUCAAAUACAAGGUUUAGAUUGUAUUCAUAUAUUCCCAGUUAUUCAAUGGUUAGUGAAACGUUCUAUGGAAAUGCGGCAAGAAAUGGCAGGUUUUGUGAGAAGUUUUGCAUUGAAUCAAUUUAAUAAGAAGCAUUCGUUUAGCGAGCAUGUCGAAAAUGGAGCGACAACUAACAAAACUGUUAUUAAAAAUUUACAUUUGAUCAAGAAAGCCUAUGAACCACGACGUUUAUUCAAACAAAAAGAAGGUUUUAUCAAAGAUGAAUCAAGCAGAUUUAUUGGAACAGUACUGGAAUAUGAAGCACCCUUUGAUGCUAUUAAAACUACAUCAGUAUUGACAAAAUCUAAAAGCAACAAUUCAAAACACGAAUUGAAUAAUGAUAAAAAUGGAAAAAACACUACUGAACAUAUUACUGCUGCUUUAGCCAUCAUAGAAGAAAAUUCGGUAUGUAGAAUUAAAAAAAUAUAUAAUAGAAGUUUUAAGCUUGUUUUAAAUAACAAUUUCUUUUGGAUAAAUUUUAAUAUGAAGAAAUUUUUAGGUUAAAAACUUUUUACUAACAAUAAAUGCACAA